AUGUACAACACAGUUGCGAAUGGCCUAGUAGAAGCAUUCAAUAAAACGUUAUUCAAUCUUCUGAAGAAAAUUGUCUCCAAGUCAAAGAGGGAUUGGCAAGAAAGAAUCGGUGAAGCAUUAUGGGCUUAUCGAACCACUCAUCGCACUCCUACAGGGGUUAUACCAUAUUCGCUUGUUUACGAUGUAGAGGAUGUUCUUCCUCUUGAAAGAGAAAUUCCAUCAUUAAGAAUGGAAGUGCAAGAGGAGUUGACUAUUGAAGACAAUGUCAAGUUACAUCUUCAAGGAUUAAAAGCACUUGAUGAAAAGCGAUUAGAAGCUCAGCAAGCAUUAGAACGUUACCAAGCGAGAAUGUCUAAAGCUUUUGAUAUGUCGUUAAACUCGCUCCUUUUAGAUUGGGGAUCUAGUGCUUGCUGUAAGAAGACCGAUCAUUAUAACAAGGCAUACAGGAAAUAA